CGCAUUUCAUUGGCAUUGUUGAUUUUUUAGCUGUACGCAACUACGGUACGCAUGACGCCAAGGGGUGUAGACAGGGUAAAUUCUGAAUAAAAUUCGCCCUGCCGAAUCCCGCGAACCCCGACGAUUGCGGCCAUUACGACAGCAGUAUCGAUUGGGUACGGAGAACCCGGAGAACCAACAACCGGGCACGAAUAUUAUACGACCGUGGCGAACCCACGUCAAUCUGGGUCUCCAACCCUUGACCAAAUAAAAGCGAUAUCAAGAUAUAAAUCUCUUCCAUUUGAACUGGCAAUAGAAAAAAUUCAUAAAAGACUUAAAUGGCAAAAAGAGCAGAGAAUACAAGCGGAACAUGAGAAACGGAAAAAGAAAAUGAUAGAACUUCAUAAUCUCAAUAGAAUGGCAGAUGAUAAAAACAGUGACCGUAAAUUCCAAGAUCGUCAAUCUAAACACCAUAGUCCGGUACCAGGAACUUCCGCUGAGACAUCAUCCAGAGAAUACCAACACCGCGAUUCAAGAAAACUCUCUUGGAGAUCGACUGCUACAGAGAAAGAGAUCAAAUUAUUCGAUACUAUCCGCAAAUUAGAAGAUCGAGCAGGUCCAGGACGAAGACCUCACCGACCUGAAGAACAUAGAGCCAGCCGAAGUCACACGGUGACAAGACGAUCCGAAUCUGACCGAAGAGGAGGUCACUACAGCAGUGAAGAUCAUACUCGCUCAAGAGAUUCUCAUCGGCAUGCUCGUAGCCGCAGUCACAGUAAUGUCGGCUCUCAUGAGGCCCGGCAAAGAAGAACACGGAGCCCUAGCCCACGGCCUGAUUAUUCGAGACGUAGAACAGAUGACCGUGACCGAGAACCACGCAGACCAUCAUCUACCUCAGGACAUCGCUCUGACCAACGUAAUCCACAAUCCCGUUCGGCAACUGGAUCACAGGGGAUUAUGAAACGAGAACAGGACCAAUCGCCAUCGUCUGAUGAAGAGUCGCCGACAAGAUUCAACAAGAGAGGUAUUCGUAAUAGGAGUCCUAUCCGCGAGAGACAUGACAGGGAAACUGAAGAAGCAGCUGACCAGGAACUUUAUCGUCAACGACGCCAACAACCAUCGCCCACCCCAGAUGACUCUCUCCCGGGGGCUUCAAAAGUGGUGGUUUUAUGUCCAGAGUCUAUGCCCACGUUACCAGCUUGGAUAAGAUCAUUGGGAGAGCAGUUUGUAUGCGUUGUGACUCCAGAUGACCAAGCACGACGGCGACUGCGAGACCCGCCUCCUCCGCCACAAUAUCCGCGACGUCCAAUACAACCCUUGGGACGUCCAUUUCCAUAUUUUAACACCUACGCACUCGAUGAUUGGGACGACCGCCGAAUACGAUACCCAUACCCCCCAUUCAGAGGACCCUCAAUGGGGGCACCUAGAGCACGUGGAGGAUGGUACAGACAGGGGGAACGUAGAGGACGUGGAGGAAGCAAUUACUAAUGGGUUGGAUGUCAAUGAAGGGAAAUUAUUAUUUAUCAUUUUAUAUAGAACAGGAUGCCAGUGCGAAAAAUUUCCCCCAGCAAAACCAAUUGCUAAAGGAGACACCCGCCACUGAACAACCAAAAUAGUACUGCUGAGAAGAAGAACUUGGAUAUUUUUAUAACCGUUGAUCUCAUACGUAGUCUUUGGUAUUUAGUUGCGUGGUCGAUAUUUUGCAAUAUGUAUUCAAAAUUUUUUAUUUUUCAAAGUAAUUGUCGUAUACUUGAUCAUAAACGUUUCUUUUUUCCAAAAUGAACAGUUGAAGCGAUAAUAUUUACCACAGUAAUAACACUUGCUGAUACAAACAUUGAUGUGCCAUAUAAUAUGAUUUCAUAAUAAUCAGAUUCUUUUCCUUAUUAUUUGACAUGCGAUACCAUUGACGAAAUAUGAAUUUCAGCUAUUCGCCUAUUAUCUAUUAUUAUUUACUUAACACAUUGUAUGCUUUAUAAAAAUUAUAAAUUUUUGCAUUUUUAAAAUGUAACAUGUACAACAUGAAUCGUAAUAGAUGUAGAAUUGACACAUUUCAAUAAUUAAUUACAUUGGGGUAAGAUAAAUUUCACUUUUUUGUUGGGAUCAUUUUACUAAUUACCAAUCGAUUAAUAACGGACCGUAGCACGUAGCGUGCGAGGCUGCGGAGCGGGAGGAUCCGAGUUCCAAUCCAAAGCCUGUCCGACGACCUAAGCGGCAACUCGCAAGAAUUGUAAGAUGUGUCCACGGCGUUCAGGCGCUGUAUCGACGAGCUGGGGCUAGAAUUCGGUUCCGGCUACACCCGGACAAGGUUUUCUGCAGUUUUCCUUGUCCCUUGCGCGAAUGCGGGUGUUUCUAUUUAACAUUGUAAGACGGUCUGCAGACGCAUAAUGGUGUUCCCUAACUUAUAUUAUAUUGAACACUUUAAAUAUCUUGGGAGUAUAAUUUAUCGGGUAUUGCGGGAUGGAGUAGUCAUUAUUAUUGUACAAGUCAAAUGUAACACGCUUAACUCAAAUAUACGCUUCACAACGGGAACCAAAA